AUGAAGGUUGCUGACAGCGUAAUGGCAGGAAAAGCAUCGGACAGCUCCAUAAAAUGGCAGCUUUGCUAUGACAUGUCAGCCAGGACCUGGUGGAUGGAUGAAUUUCACCCGUUCAUUGAGGCACUUCUUCCACAUGUCCGUGCAAUUGCCUAUACUUGGUUCAAUCUUCAGGCUCGAAAACGCAAGUACUUUAAAAAACAUGAGAAACGAAUGUCAAAGGAUGAGGAAAGAGCAGUCAAGGAUGAGCUACUUAGUGAAAAGCCUGAAAUUAAACAGAAGUGGGCAUCCAGGCUCCUGGCCAAGCUGCGCAAAGAUAUUCGCCAAGAGUUCCGGGAGGAUUUUGUGCUCACAGUUACUGGGAAGAAGCACCCAUGCUGUGUAUUGUCCAAUCCUGACCAGAAGGGCAAGAUUAGGAGAAUCGAUUGCCUGCGACAGGCUGACAAAGUCUGGCGGCUGGAUCUAGUCAUGGUGAUCCUGUUCAAAGGCAUCCCCUUGGAAAGUACGGAUGGAGAACGUCUCAUGAAAUCCCCACAUUGCACAAAUCCAGCACUUUGCGUCCAGCCACAUCACAUAACAGUAUCAGUCAAGGAGCUUGAUUUGUUUUUGGCAUACUACGUGCAGGAGCAAGAUUCUGGACAACCAGGAAGUCCAAGCCACAGUGAUCCUGCCAAGAAUCCACCAGUGUACCUUGAGGACAGUUUUGUGAAAUCCGGAGUAUUCAACGUGUCAGAACUUGUGAGGGUGUCAAGAACACCCAUAACCCAGGGAAGUGGAGUGAACUUCCCAAUUGGAGAGCUCCAGAGCCAGCCAUAUUACCAUGAUAUGAAUUCGGGUGUAAAUCUACAGAGGUCCUUGUCCUCUCCACCAAGCAGCAAAAGACCCAAAACUAUCUCCAUAGAUGAAAAUAUGGAGCCAAGCCCAACAGGAGACUUUUAUCCUUCUCCAAAUUCACCAGCGGCAGGAAGUAGGACAUGGCAUGAAAGAGAUCAAGAUAUGUCCUCUCCUACAAUGAAGAAACCUGAAAAGCCUUUGUUUAGUCCUACUUCUCCCCAGGAUUCUUCAUCAAGACUGAGCACUUUUCCCCAACAUCACCAUCCAGGAAUCCCAGGAGUUGCACACAGUGUCAUCUCAACUAGAACUCCACCUCCACCUUCACCACUGCCAUUUCCAGCACAAGCUAUUCUUCCUCCUGCCCCAUCUAGCUACUUCUCUCAUCCAACGAUCAGAUAUCCUCCCCACCUGAAUCCUCAGGAUACUCUGAAGAAUUAUGUACCUUCUUAUGACCCGUCCAGCCCUCAGACUAGCCAGCCUAACAGCAGUGGUCAAGUAGUAGGGAAAGUGCCUGGCCAUUUUACUCCAGUUUUGGCACCCUCUCCCCAUCACAGUGCGGUGCGACCUGUGACCCUGACCAUGACAGAUACUAAACCCAUCACUACAUCCACUGAAGGUGAGGCAUCUUCACCUACAGCAACCACCUACACAGCCUCAGGCACAUCCCAAGCCAAUCGAUAUGUGGGACUAAGCCCAAGAGACCCAUCCUUCCUACACCAGCAACAGCUGAGAAUUUGUGACUGGACCAUGAAUCAAAACGGCAGGCAUUUAUACCCCAGUGCCAGUGAGGAUACAUUGGGAAUUGCUUGGCAAAGUCCUGGUACCUGGGCUAGCUUGGUUCCUUUCCAAGUAUCAAAUAGGACACCGAUCCUGCCGACAAAUGUCCCAAAUUAUGGUUUGAACAUAAUUGGAGAGCCUUUCCUUCAAGCAGAAACGAGCAACUGAUGGAAACAAAAUUAAAAGCAAAAUUAAAAAAAAGAAAAGAAAAAAAAAAGAAAAGAAAAGAAGACAGUAUGAGAAAAGAACCUGAAGAAAGAAGAACAAAAAUAGACCAGCAAUUGCAGCUCUUACAAUCACUAAUUCCCUUACGGUUGAAACUCAAAUGAUAUACAAAGGGUCGAUGAUAUUUCACUGAUGGGUAGAAUGCAGCUCCUCCUAAGUAGCCUUUGUUAUAUGAAGUCCGCUGGGAAAUAGAUGUU